AUGUUCCGUCAGGUAGCUCGAUCCCUGUCGAACUCGUCCAAGUCGCUCGGCGGUCGAAGCUGGAAGGACAUGCAGACCACCAACACUCCUCAAUUCUGGAAGAAAGUCAUCAACGCUAACGAAGUCAACGCCCGGUUCGUAGGAGAUGACAUGAUCGAGGAGCCAGCUCUCAAGGAAUCCGGAAAGGUUGACUUUACCAUGCCUCUUCUGGGAAAAGAAAAGACGUAUACUUCUCCACGAAAAACUUACACUGAAAUCACCGGCAUCGAGGUCGAAUACGAGCCCAUCCCCAAGAUCCAGGCCUUCCAGAAGCGAAUUCUUAAAGUUCUUGAAGAUAUGCCAGAAGACUACAUUUACCGAACAACCGUCACCGAAAUGAUCAACGAACAAGCUGAGCUCGUCGAUCGACUUUCUGGCGAUCUUGACGCUCUUGAGGAUGCCCUCGGCGAGCAGGUCGAGAUGUAUCUUAGAAGCUUGAAGAGAGAGCUCAGAUGUGCACGAAACCUCGCUGAGGAUCAGCCAUGGGGAGAUCUCUUCGCCCCUGCCCCAGCUGAUCAGUGGAAAUGGCCCAUCUAA